GGGGGGGGAGGUCUGAGCGAGUGACUGCCUGUCGCUGCUCACAGUGCUGCCCCGUCACGGGCUACAGAGGAGCGCAGAGCAGAGGAGAGGGAUCGGGUUUCUGCGGAGUGAGGGUGAGAGGCUCAGAGCUCUGAGGCUUUUGUUGUCGCUUCUUCUUCUUCUUCCUCCUCCUCCUCCUCUUCCUCCUCCUCCUCAUCUCAGGUCGGGGCUGUGGCCUCUCCGCCUCCUCACAGAUCACAGGGAAUAACCGGGAAUACCCCCUCCCCUCUCCACACAGAUUUCCCGACACGACUCCCCAAAGGAUUUACGGUCACUCUCGUGUCCGCGAGGAUUGGCGGCUCUCUCACUCUCUCUCUCUCACUGUGUGUGUGAGAGCUGUGCUGUGGCUCAGGAAUGGUGGAGCAAUUGACAACCAUGUGGUGGGUUCUGAUGUGGAUCGUGCUCCCAGCAUUAGUGGUGGCAGCCCCACCUCCUAUCAAUAAGCUGGCUCUGUUUCCUGAUAAAAGUGCCUGGUGUGAAGCGAAGAACAUCACCCAGAUAGUGGGGCACAGCAGCUGUGAGUCAAAGUCUAUCGAGAACAGAGCUUGCCUUGGCCAGUGUUUCAGCUACAGUGUUCCCAAUACCUUCCCACAAUCCACAGAUUCCCUUGUUCACUGUGAUUCCUGUAUGCCGUUACAGUCAAUGUGGGAAAUUGUCCAACUAGAAUGUCCCGGCAACGAGGAGAUGCCUCGGGUGGACAAACUCGUGGAGAAAAUUGUACAAUGCAGCUGUCAGGCCUGCGGAAAGGAGGCCCGCCAAGACUCCCACCUCCUCAAUGUCUACGUAAAGGAGGAGGAGAGCGGGCCGGGGCAGGCUGCUGAGCCCCAGGAUGUCCACCACAAAGAGGGAAUUGUUUCCCAACCCAUCCGAGAGGGUGGAGAUGACUGAAAUUGAGAAUUUGGACCAGAAAAGUGAAUUUCAUUUUUUGGAUUAAGGAUAAAUUGUUGAAAUUCAGAUAGAUUCAAAGUAUAAAAAGGAUAAUGCAGACCUAUUUAAGAAAAAAAAACUUUAAAAAAAUAAUGGCAUUCUGGCUUUUGUUGUAGGAAAUAAGCCAGCCCAGCCACUGAUACAUUUUUUUGGUCAGCCGGGUGUCUGACACAUUACCAUGCUUAAGAGCGU